AUGUUUACCUCCUCCUCAUCCAUCGAGUCGACCUCCUCGUCUUCUGGUAGUCCCAUCUCUCAACAUGCUCCCACUCAAGUUUGGCCGACAAUCCCCCGCCGCCGUCCCGUCGAACAGCACAAGUAUCAACAGCGCUACUACUCCACCCCGAUGAGGAACGACUCCCCCGACUCAACCCCGUUACACAUGUACGGACUCGAACAGCGCGAACCCUCCAUCAUGGAGCGCCCCGCCAACAACAAGCUCCUGCGCCGCUUCUCGCACGCCCUCGACGAUAUCAAGGAGGAUCUGACCCUGCAGAUCGACUCGCGCGCGACGGCAGACCGCAGUCGCACCAAACGGCGCCAGUCGAGCGUCAUGUUCGACGGGACCGGCUCCGAGCGCGCCUCCAGCGCCGGCUCCUUCACCGAGGACACCCCCCAGCCGCCGUUCGGCCGACCCAAAUCCAUCCUCUCGCUCGAAGCCUGGACCCCGCCCGCCCGCCGCUUCAGUCGCCGCCUAUCCAUGUUCCGGUUUACCUCGCAGCGUCGGAAGUUCGAGCCUGGCCAGGGCGCCAGUAUCUCGCAGCCGAACCUGAUCGGCGCGUCGACGCAGAUCUAG